CGUCUGAGACGGGUAUAUGUUACUGUAUUAUGUGCAACACUGUACUUCUCAUGCGCAACACCCAACCUUACAACAGUGAUCCCAGCAAUGGAUCAUGUCGACAAUAUGCUCACAUCCUACUCUCGCGACAAAAAAUAUAUGCUCUCAAUCUGUUCUGCAGUUCAACUUGCCAAACAUACUCUCAACCACUAUUACCAGCUCACAGACAAUUCUGUAACAUAUCAAAUCGCAAUGGUCUUACAUCCACAGCAUAAACUAGCCUACUUUAAGGCCGCACAAUGGGAAGAUGACUGGAUUGAAAUGGCA